AUGACGCUUGGCAUGAUGGAUUCAAACUUACCGGUGCUGCCUCAUGACAAUUCUGAUACAAAAAACGCAUUUCGCAAGCCUUCUGGUGAUGCAGCUAAUAGGAAUUAUCGGCGUCGGUCACCUAUUGAUGGAUCACCCUCACCUGACGCUAAUCCUAGGCAUGGGCAUAGCUCAAGUCCAAAUCCAGUGAGAGAAAAUUCUGCAAGAGUCUCUCACCAUUACUCAAGGAAGUAUGAUGACCGGGAACAAGACCAACAGUAUGGAAGAAAUCACUAUGGAAGAAGCAGUGACUCUCUUAGAAAUUCUGAUAGACAGUCAUCCAAGAGUUCCCAUGGUCACUCUCGGCAUGACAAGUAUGGAAAUGAAGAUAGAUAUCGUGAGCGGCUAUUCUCUCGAUCUGGACAUGAGCCAAGGGAUGAUCAUACAAGAGAAGAGACCGAUAGCAGAUCAAAAAACUACCAUCGUAGAGUGGAUAAGUAUUCACAUGACAAAUAUGACAGGUCUGAUCAUCGAAGCAAAGAAAAACGUAGAGAAACAUAUUCGGAGCAUAAAAAGUAUAAAGAUAUUGAUUCUUCAUAUGAAAAAUCUUCAUCUAGCAAGAGGCAUGCACCGAAUGAUGAGGUGGAGAAGGAGGGACUUUCAUUGGAUUGGGAUGGUCGAAAUGAAAGAAGAGAUUCACGCCGAAGUUCAGGGGACUACAGAAGUGACCAAACAGUCUGCCAUUCAGAGUCAAGGAACCAAAGAGAUGACUCAAGUCCACAAAGAGACAGUGGUAAAUUUAGUCUGAAAGAAGCUUAUAAGAGUGAACAGAAAGAGUCAAAUGAUCAAAAUAUUCCAUGGGAAGAAAAAAGAAAACAUGAUGAUUCCGAGAUUGGGAAGGGAAAAGACUGGAAAACUAGAAAAUCAGGCGAGCAGUGUGUUAUUGAAGAUAAAGAAUCUUCUGGAAAGAAACUAAAGUUGUUUGAUCCUGACAAGGACGACAAUAGUAGAAAAGAUGGUACUGAAGCAGAUGAAUGUAAGACUUCAAGUUCAAAGUUUUCUCACGAGAGCAAGGCAGAUUCAUGGGCUGCCAAGACCAGUGGCUUUGAUGGUGACAAUGAUCUAGAUGCUGCAAAAUUUGCAGCCAUGAGAGCUGCUGAAUUAGUUAAUAGGAACUUAGUUGGGGCUGGUUGCUUGACUACUGACCAAAAGAAGAAACUGCUGUGGGGCAGCAAGAAGAGUACACCUACUGAAGAGUCUGGCCAUCGUUGGGAUACAGCUAUGUUCUCUGAUCGUGAGCGGCAAGAAAAAUUCAACAAACUCAUGGGUAUGAAAGGCGAGGCGAAAGUGGAGCAGAAUACCAACAACCAAAGCAGUAACGAUAUUCUCCGUGCUGAGAAGCAGAAGGAACUUCAGAUGGAUCUAGAGAAACAAUACACUGCUGGCCUUCGACGAAGAGAUGGCCGUACAGUUGGUUUAGGGCUUUAA